UUCCAUCCUCUGAAACAAUACAAUACUCUCUCUCUCUCUCUCUCUCUCUAAAUACGAACUCCUGCAAAGCCUCGCUUCGCCCAUUUAAAGAACUCUCUGUAGCAUUCCGUGUUGUCUCUGCUUUUUUCUCUCUCUUCUUUGUUUUGGGUAUUUUGGACUGUCCUGGGACCCCAACACUGUCCAUAUACCCAGCAAAACACCACUGAGCUUUAUAAUAAUGAAAUCUUGAGGAAGCAGCAAAACCCAAACAAACCCAUCACAAAAGGGGCUCAUCAAAAUCCCCCACAAUUGUGUUGAAGAGUUUGUGUGUAUUUCAGAUGGCAGAGGAAUUGAAAGACGGCGAGUUUUGGCUCCCUCCUUGGUUCCUCACCGACGACGACGUACUCAUAGACUCCAAACCCAGCAACAAAGUAAGCAGAGCAACCCGGGUUGCUGAUUCUGGAGUCUAUCCCUUUGACUUUCCGUGUGGGUUCGGCUCCUUUGGGCCUUACUCGGAUCUGAGUUCGCCGGUGGAGUCUGUGAUGAGCUCCACCGAGACAGAGAGUGAUGAGGACGAUUACAUAGCUGGGUUGACUCGGAAAAUGGCUCACUCGACGCUCCUCGACGAUUUCUGGAAACCCGACUCUGGUUUUGGGUACGAGACCCAGAAGUCGUCUUGGGCUGUGUCUGAGUCGCCUCAAUCGACACUAUGCAUGGGUGGGUUUGGUUGCAAACAUUGCUCGAGCCGUGGAAGCCCAAACUGCCUUUCACCGGCGGUGCUGAAUCAGAACGAAGCCUCUUGGGAAGAUCUGCUUUACGCGGCUGCAGGGGAGGUCGCGAGGAUGAGGAUGAUUGAAGAAACUACUGGGCAUUUUCAGAACAGAGGACUCUUGCUUCCGCCUAGAAAACCCAGUCCCAUCUCUGUCCCUCUGAGAAACCCUAAUCCAAAUAUUGGGCUUCAAUCUAACCAUUCCCUUUCUUACCAGCAAUUACAAGUCGCCCAAUUUCAGCAAUUGAAACAGCAACAGAUGAUGAAGCAACAACAGAACCAGAGCCACCUAAUGGCUCAGAACAGAGCAAGGAAUACCGGCCGACAUGUAGGUCUGUCGCCGUCUGCUUGGCCGACUCUGCAACAGUCUCUGCCGCCACAGCAACAACCCAGUUCAGGUAUGAGAGCUGUUUUUCUUGGAAAUACUGGGUCCAAGCGAGAAUGUACUGGAACAGGGGUGUUCUUGCCUCGUCCAAUCGGUAGCCCAACUGAGACCAGGAAGAAAUCAGGUUGUUCGACGGUAUUGCUUCCAGACAGAGUGGUACAGGCGCUGAACUUGAACUUAGACGCCAUGGAUUCUACACCCCAGCUUCAGUCUCGCUAUGAAGGGACUUUCAAUCCUGACUAUGAUGCUGCUCUAAAUCGGAACGUUCGAUCUCGGACAGGGAUGAACCAAGAGCUCCGGCUACCUCCGGAGUGGACAUGCUGACUUGACCUUGCAUUUUAAACCCUCUGAAGUGGUCUUUUAACAUUGUUUUUUUGGAAGAUUUACUGAAAAGGAGGGAAAAUUGAAGUUUGGAUUAGAAGUACAAGGAAGUUUGUUAGUAGUUAGUUUGGAAUAAAAAUUAGGAUAAUUACAGAUAUAGUUUGAAGAAGAAGAAGAAGAAGAAGAUAGUUUUAGGAAAGAAGAUUGAAGAAGAAAGAAUAGUAAAAGCUCUGUUUUUUCAUUUUGGUUUUGUGGCUAGUCACGGGAAAGUAGUGGAUUCUGUUGUUUCUCUUUGUAUUUCUCUAUUUUGUUGGAUUGAAAAAUUGUUAAUGAAAUAUGAGAAAAAGGGUUAGGAGUUGGGGGAA